GACGUACCAGCAUCCCGAGUGGCCUGGGCCUUGGCUGGGCCCCCGGCCGGCCGAGGAGCACCACCCGGAGUUCAACGAGGAAGCCAUCAUCGCGGGCAAGGCCACCAUCGGGCUCCAGGCGGGCUCGAACAAGGGCGCACACAGCCGGCGACAACACUGGCGCCGCCCGCAGGGUCAUCCUCGGGAAAAGUUCACGGUUCGCAACGUCCAUUAA